GUUCGAGAUCACAUAAUUUUGUAUCUCAACAAAACCUCAUCCGAGGACAUUCCCCUCGGUUUUAUUUCUACUUCUACUUUAAUACCUCAGGCUGCUUGCAGGACAAGCACGUCCGUUCAUCAUGGAACCGCAGGGUGAUCUGCAUGCUGCUUCCACAUACAUUAAUAAUGUCUUACUGGCCCGGGGCCUGGUGAAGACCGGCCGACCGAUUGAUUUCGCAACCCCAGAGAAUGAGGAGGGCGGGGUGACGAGCACAAUGGCGAGGAUCAUCAACCUGGUGAAUGAUUUGGUUUUAAGGCGAGAUCGCGAGGCAGAACAUCGAGAGAACCUAGCGACAACGAUCCGGACGCUACGAGCAGAAGACUCUCAUAAGACUGUGGAAAUUGAAAAACUCCAAACGAAGAAAUCGGAAUUAUCGCGAUCGCUAGCGCUGGCCGAGGCUCAGGAACGAGCAUUGAAAACCAAUAUGUCGAGUGCGGAAGCAACCGUUCGAGGACUGAAGGACCAAGUCCAGCGCAUGAAGACUACCGUGCAGCAAGUCCGGUCCCAGUGCGCCAACGAUAUUCGCAAGCGUGAUCUCGAGCUACAGAAACUGAAGGCCCACCUGGCAGACCGACAACGAGGGAAGCGCGACGGAUUGGGUGUGACCACCAUCAAUAUCAAUCCUGCCGCUAGCCAGUCAUCUCGGGCCCGGUAUCCAUCAGGGGGUGAGGGAGUUCACGAUCCGGGAUACAGCUUGAAGGAGGAAACGAAUGAUUUUCUCACACAGUUGUGCCAGACUCUUAGUGAUGAGAACGAUUCUCUGAUCCUCCUUGCACGAAACACCGUUGAUACGCUGAAGGAGGUACAAGGAUUGUCGUCGACAGAAGAUUCGGCCGCUGAGAAUGGGCACUCACACGGGACAGCCAGUACAGGGCCUCAGAGGUCAACGCAUGGCGGCCCUGCUGUCACAAACCUACCUGCGUCGUGCGAAGAACUAUCCGGUGAAAUGGAGCAGGUGCUCGAGCAUCUACAAACACUACUCACCAAUCCGUCAUUUGUACCGCUGGAAGAGGUUGAGGUGCGUGAUGAAGAGAUCAAACGACUUCGUGAGGGCUGGGAGAAGAUGGAAAGCCGGUGGAGACAAGCAGUCACCAUGAUGGACAGCUGGCAUAAGCGGAUUGCGCAAGGCGGAGGCUCCAUCCGGGCGGAAGAGCUUCGGAUGGGGCUGAAGCUCGAUGUUCAGGUCGACUCGGGGCACUCUCGAGUCAGGGACAGCGAUGUGGCCAUGCACUCGCCGAUUUUCGAAGACCAAGAAGAUGAAGAGAACGAAGAUGAGGAUGAAGUUGAGUGUGAGGAAGAGAUGACAGAGGCGGCGCCCAGUCGCGAAGACACCGCUCCUCCUCCAGAGGAACAGCCUCAAACUAGCGCCAGCCGAGCUCUAAAGGAACGGACCGAUAACGCGACGUUGGUAGCGCAGCCGCCGCGGAAAGGGGUGAUCUUUUCUGACGGAGACCGUAAAUCACCGUCUAAACACCGGCAAGAAGAGGACGACACAAUGCCAAUCAAAGCCCAUCAGUCAGAUGCUGUGACACGAAGGCCAUCAAGAAGACGGGUUGAGCCCAAGGGGCCACGUCCGGGCCCCUCUCGGAUGAGUGUAAGUCAAAAACUGGCGGCCGCUGAAAGCGAAGCUCGUGCGGCUGAGCAAUCGCGCCGCGAGCAAGAGAGUCGAAAGAGGAGCCGCUGGGUAGCACACGACCCAAAAUCCCCCCUCACCCACGAGCCCUUCACCCCCAAGCCCUUUGAAGAAACCGACAUCGAGGUCCAAAUCUCCCACUGCGGCAUCUGCGGCAGCGACGUCCACACAAUCCGCUCCGGCUGGGCCCCAGCAGACUAUCCCUGCGUCGUCGGCCACGAGAUCGUCGGCACCGCAACCCGCAUCGGCACCGCCAUCCCCUCAUCCAAGAACAUCAAGCCGGGCGACCGCGUCGGCAUAGGCGCGCAAUGCUCCGCAUGCCUACGCCCAGACUGCGAGGCCUGCGCCGACAAUGAAGAGUCCUAUUGCCCCAAGAUGGUGGGCACGUACAACUCGCGCUACCCGGAGGGGAGUAAAGCCUACGGCGGGUAUGCGAAUCGGUGGCGGGGGCCGGGACACUUUGUCUUUCGCAUUCCCGAGAAACUGAGCAGUGAGGAGGCGGCGCCGUUGCUUUGUGGGGGUGUGACGGUUUUUGCGCCGCUGAGGCGCUUUGGGGCCGGGCCUGGGAAGAGGGUUGGGAUUGUGGGGAUUGGAGGACUAGGUCAUAUGGGCCUGUUGUUUGCGAAGGCGAUGGGGAGUGAUGCCGUGGUGGCGAUUUCGCGGUCGUCGGCGAAGAAGGCUGAUGCGGUGGGUGAGACGCCGGGGGGUCUGGGUGCUGAUGACUUUAUUGCGACGGGGGAGGAUAAGACCUGGGCGAAGAAGCAUGCGCGGUCGCUGGAUGUGAUUAUCUGCACUGUCUCUGGGGAGAAUAUGCCGCUGGCGGGGUAUCUGAGGCUUUUGAAGCGGAAUGGGGUGUUUGUCCAGGUGGGAGCACCGGAGGAGCCACUGCCACCGCUGCGGGCAUUCUCGUUGAUUCAGAAGGGUGUCAAGGUGACGGGGUCGACGAUUGGAUCUCCUGAGGAUAUUCGAGUGAUGCUGGAGUUGGCUGCUGAGAAGGGAGUGAAGCCGUGGGUGCAGAGGAGGCCGAUGGAGGAGGUCAACCUGGCUUUGGCGGAGAUGCAUGAGGGGAAGGCCAGAUAUCGCUAUGUCUUAGAGAAUGCGAAGACGGGGAAGCUGUGA